AUGCAGACAUUUCUGCUAAAUGUCUGCUCGGAUGUCUCGACGCUGAGCGAGGCUUGGAUCGGCAUCGAGAAGCUGGAUUGGUGCGACGUGGAGAAGUCGCGUCGCCGAGACCCUUGGUCACUCAACCCACCGUGCAAUCCGAUCCCGCAGUGUCGAGGAAAUGUCGACGGGCGUGCUCCGGAUACCAGGGAUUGGCGCAAGAAUCUGCUCUACUACAAGAAUGAUGUUGCCGCCUUGGGUGGCGGUCUCUUGGUGUUCAUCAUCGUGAUCAUCGUCGUGCUGUGCUUCUGUCUGAAGAAGAAAGACAAUGGCCCGAAGGGAAGCAAGCCGAUUGUCGAUGACAUGAUGAACGUCGGCGUUGGCACGGCGGUCGUCGACCUCGAUGUGCACUGCAAGCACUGGCGGAAGGUAAGCAUCCGACUACUCGUCUCCAACUACUCGAUCCAACGAUGGGCAUCGCCAUCGGUCUUCUACCAC